CGGAAGUGAUCCAGGCGGCUAGGCGGCGCACGCACGCGGGGCGGGCAGCAGGCAAGCAGGCACGGCGGCACCGGCUUCCUCGGCAGGCACGCAACGUCGCGCACGAUGGCGUCGGUCUGAGUCCACUCACUCUCACGGCAGUUGUGUACAUACCUAACCGGCAAUCCGUCACCAUCGGCGCCUUGAUAAUGGACCUCCGGUCCAGGGGCUUUUUUCGGGGCUAUCGGAAUCACCUUUAGUACUCCUAAAGUACUAAAUUGUUUGAGCUUUUAGCACUGUCACUGUUGCACGCCCCGGGAUUUCAUCAAGUGACAGGAGAGCCGGUUAGCCAUAGCUAGCUUGCCAAGUAAAGAGCCAAAGAAGGGCAUCGGACUAAAAAAAAAAAAUACAUAUAUAUAUAUAUAUUAAAAAAAGGCACCGGGGUGAGACAGUAACCCGAGUUCCGCCGAGGACCUGACGCGAAGCCGAAGCCCGGGUUCCAGUCCAGCCGCGCCUUCACACGUUACCCUGGCUGGCAAGACAUCGCCACCCUAAUGCAGAACCAUAAAAGAACGUGAAAUGAAUAAACCACCGCAGCCUAUAACGGGACCCACCUCUGUCCCAAAUCCCGCUCCCUCCCCCGGAUUGACACAGGCCGCCUACGGACCUGGACAGCCCACGUCUCUUGUUUUCGCCACACCUCCACCCCCGCAGAUGAACUCCGCACCGCAGCCAAGACAGUUUGCAGCAGGGCCCCGUACGUUACACCAACAGGGUUACUUUUCGAGCCGUCCGGCAAUGGCCACCAGUGCGCCGAGGGUCCAAACAAGUAGCGGCCCUAGACCAGUAGCACCCACCCACACCCAUGUCUACCCGCCGAGCUCCCAGAUGAUGAUGAUUCCCCAGCAGCAGAUAUCGUUCGCAGGCUCCCCUCAGGGUUACUUCAUUCCCCCAGGACAAUACCGGGCCCCAUACAUGCCACCUACUCAGCAGUAUCCUGUGACGAGUGGUACUGCAGGCUUCUUUACGGGAACCAGCCCUGCAGAAUACCCUGGUUAUGCAGGAGCAUACUAUCCGGCUCAGCCGCCAUACUCGCCAUCUGUCCAGACCGCACAGGUCAUGAUCAACCCUGCCCAGCAACAGCAACCAGCCCCCCCACCUCAGCAGGCACCAGCACAGCCACAAGGCCCACCAAAGAGGGAGCGUAAACCGGUAGUGUGUCCCAACAAAAGAGCAGCGGACCUCAUGUCUGAGAUCAGAAUACGAGACCCCACCCAGGGUGGACGAGAUAUCACAGAGGAGAUAAUGUCGGGGGGAAGGUCCACCUCAACACCCACCCCCCCACAGGCCCACAUCACAGAAGCCGGACCCGCACAGACAAACGGUGAAGUCAUUCCGCCUGUUACAACAGUCACGAGACGAGAUGAUAAUGUAGAGCAUGUUGGUAGUGUUGAGAGUCCUCCACCUCCUCCCACUGCAAACCCUGAGCCUGUAACUGAGGCUGCACAGGAAGUGGACAACCAGAAUUUGCCAGCUGCAGAAUUAGAACCCGUGGCUCCUGACCUGGCUCCUGAGGUCCUGAACCAACUGAUAGAGGAACAGCCAGCUGCCGCUCUUCUCCCUCCCACUACAGCAGCCUCCGUGGUGCAAGUUAAUGAAGUCGACACUAACGUCAGUGACACAGUAGACUCUCCAGUCUGCCCCUCGCCUUCGACAGCACAAGAAGAGGAACCGCAGGCUCCCCUGGCUUUGUGCGAGAAGACACAAGAAAAUCAACAAGUGGAGGAAGUGCACAUGGUGGAAGUAAAUGAAGUACCCAUGAUCGCACCAGUAGAAGGUGUUGCUGAAGUUGCAGAAGUCGUUGCCCCAGCUGGUACGGAAACAGAGGAAAUGCUUAAAAGGAUGGCAGAUAUAGCGCCUCAGCCUCCAGUGUUGGUGCAGGAGCCCACUGCUUUACUGAACCAGAAUGCUACUACCAAGCUUGAACCCCAGCUCACAUUGGCAGAACCAGCAGAGCCUCCUCUCUCCAAUGGCCUUCCUCAGGAUGUGGAGGAGCUCUGUGAGGAAGACACCACACUCUGUGACCAGCCAGAUGUUUCUCAAUCUCAGGAAUCCACACCUGUGUCUAAAACUACAGUGCCAGUUGUGGAGGAGGUGGAGGUAGAGAAGAAGGUGGUGGUGGAAGAUAAAAAACAGCAAGUAGCGAAGGGGGCAAAAAGUGAGGAAGUUCCUCCUGUCUCUGUAAACUCUUCUACAGAAGAAUCUGCUAUGCAAGCUGCUACGUCUGUGCCAAAGAAGAGGAGGAACAUGAAGGAAAUAAACAAGAAGGAGGCUAUUGGAGACCUCCUAGAUGCCUUCACAGAGGAACAAGAUGCCAAGCCUGCCUCAGAGACCUUGUCCACUCAGGCAGACACUGUCCCUGUUGCUCCAGCUGAACCUCCUGCUGAGGUGGCAGAUGAGACCUGGGAGGAGAAGGAGGACAAGCAGAAUGCAGAACCGCAAUCCAAAUCCGACUCUACUGACAAGAAAUACAAAGAAGAACAAUGGAAGCCAUUAAACCCAGAGGAGAAAAAACGCUACGAUCGAAAGUUUCUUCUAGGCUUCCAGUUCAUCAGCGCCAGCAUGAACAAACCCGAAGGCUUGCCAGUUAUAAACGACGUGGUUCUAGACAAGGUAAAUAAAACUCCGCUGCGGCCCGCAGACCCAGUUCGAAUGAUGAAUGUCGGGACAGAUUUUACCCCCUCGUAUUUGGGGAACCUGGGCAGCAGAUCUGUGGGAGGACCCCGUGGACCACCCCCCGGCCCGAGGCGUUCACAGCAGGGUCAGCGGAAAGAGCCCCGUAAAAUCAUCACCAGCAUGUCGCUCAAUGACGACGUGCAGCUGAACAAGGCUGAGAAGGCCUGGAAGCCCUCGUCUAAGAAGCCCAGCCGUGGACGCGCUGAUGAGGAGGGGACGCCAGCCACUGAUGAAGAGUUAACCCCUGAGCAAUCCCAAACGCAAGAAAUUUUGAAGCGACUGCGCAGUAUCCUCAACAAACUGACUCCGCAGAAGUUCCAGGAGCUGAUGAAUCAGGUGGACGAACUGACCAUUGAUACAGAGGAGAGGCUGAAGGGCGCCAUAGACCUCAUCUUUGAGAAAGCCAUCUUAGAGCCCAGCUUCUCCGUGGCCUACGCCAAAAUGUGCCCUUGCCUUUCGGGGUUGAAAGUCCCCACCACAGAGAAACCAGGAUCCAAUGUGACCUUCCGCAAACUGCUGCUCAACCGCUGCCAGAAAGAGUUUGAGAAGGACCAGGCUGAUGAUGAAUUCUUGGAGAAAAAGCAGAAAGAGAUGGAAGCUGCCAAAGAUGAAGAAGAGCGUGAGCGCAUGCGCGUAGAGCUGGAGGAGGCCCGAGACAAGGCUAGGCGCCGCUCGCUGGGCAACAUCAAGUUCAUCGGUGAACUCUUCAAGCUGAAGAUGCUGACGGAGGCCAUCAUGCAUGACUGUGUGAUGAAACUACUGAAAAAUCAUGACGAAGAGUCUCUGGAGUGUCUCUGCAGGCUGCUUUCCACCAUUGGCAAGGACCUAGACUUCGAGAAAGCCAAGCCCCGUAUGGAUCAGUAUUUUAAUCAAAUGGAAAAGAUCAUCAAAGAGAGAAAAACGUCAUCUCGAAUCCGCUUCAUGCUGCAAGAUGUCUUGGACCUCAGAAAGUGUAACUGGGUACCCCGUAGAGGAGACCAGGGUCCAAAAACCAUCGACCAGAUCCACAAGGAUGCAGAGAUGGAAGAGCACAGGGAGCAGAUCAAAGUCCAGCAGCAGCUCAUGUCCAAAAAGGAGACAGGUGGAGGUGGGGGCAGGAUGGGUGGAGGUAUGGGCGGCCGAGGCCCUCACGCAUCAGGUGGCCGGGGCAGCCAGCCCCAGGAUGAGGGCUGGAACACAGUGCCCAUUACAAAGAGACCCUACGACACUGCCCGCCUCAAGAUCACAAAGCCCGACAAUCCAGACCUCAACAGUCAGCGGUUGGCUCCGUCAGGCAAAAGCUGGGGCAAAGGCAGCAGCGGCGGAAUGGGAGUCAAAACUGCAACUGGAGACCAGGAUUCUGGUCGUCCAACUACCAGUACUGUCAACCGCUUUGGUGCCCUGCAGCAGUCCAGCUCCUUGUCUUCGGACUUGGAUCGUAGAGCUCCUCAGAGCAGAUCAAGCUCCAGUCGUGAACGAGGCGGCGACAGAGAAAGAGGGGAUCGUGACCGGGAUCGCUUUGACCGCUUCGACCGCGAUGACAGAAGCGGCCAAAGUCAAAUCACCAAACGGAGCUUCAGCAGAGAAACGGAGGAGCGUGGCGGAAGGGGCAGUGACAACAGGCCUUCCAAUGAGCCCGUACGCCGCGUGGCCAGCAUGACUGACAGCCGAGACAGAGGCAGUAGAGAUCGAGGUAGCCGGGACCGAGGCAGCAGAGACAGAGGAAGCCGGGACAGAGGUCCAAGCAAAGACGUCCCAGUAAAACGUGAGUGCGCCGCAGCGCCGCCUCCUCUUCCUAAACCAGCUCUGACGAAAGAGGAGGUGGAGAAGAAGUCCACUGCCAUCAUCGAAGAGUACCUCCAAAUCAAUGACUUGAAGGAGGCGCUCCAGUGCGUGGAUGAGCUCAACAGCACAGCACUGCUCUAUGUGUUCGUGCGGCAGGGAGUAGAGUCAACGCUUGAGCGCAGUACCAGUGCUCGUAAGCAUAUGGGAAUGCUGCUACACAAAGUCAUCAAGGCGGGGACCAUGCCGGUUCAGCAGUAUUUUAAAGGGCUUGUAGAGAUCCUGGAGAUUGCUGACGACAUGGCCAUAGACAUACCUCACAUCUGGCUCUACCUGGCUGAAAUCAUCACCCCAAUGCUCCUUGAGGGUGGCAUGCCUAUGGGCAAAUUCUUCAGGGAGAUCUCCAAGCCUCUCUUGCCUCAGGGAAAGGCUGGUGUGCUGUUGGUGCAAAUCCUUCACUUGCUCUGUAAAGAAAUGACUCGUAGUAAGGUUGGGGCAAUGUGGAAAGAGGCAGGGCUGAACUGGAGCGACUUCCUGUCAGAGAAUGAGGACAUCAACAAGUUUGUCACCGAGCAGAAAGUGGAGUUCACAAUCGGGGGGGAGAAGGAGACCAAAGAGAGCACGAAGAAGUCAUUGAGUGGGGAAGAGCUCAGGCAAGAGCUGGAUCGCCUCCUUCGCGAUAAGGCCAGUGACCAGCGGAUCAAAGACUGGGUGGAGGCCAACCUGGAUGAGCAGCAGAGUUCCUCCAACCAGUUUGUGCGGGCACUCAUGACCUCUGUGUGCCAGCUUGCCAUAAGAGGUGACCCAUACAAGGUGGUUGUGCCGCUGAUCAACGACAGAGCCGCCCUGCUGCAGGGCUUUCUGAAUGAUGAGCAGAAGGAACUGCAGGCCCUGUACGCCCUCCAGGCGCUCAUGGUGCAGUUGGAACAGCCUGCAAAUCUGUUGCGUGGGUUCUUCGAUGCGCUGUAUGACGCCGACGUCAUUAAAGAGGAUGCCUUUUACAAGUGGGAGUCGGGCAAAGACCCAGCGGAGCAGAACGGCAAAGGGGUGGCCCUCAAGUCGGUCACUACUUUCUUCACUUGGCUGCGCGAGCCUGAGGACGAGUCCGAUAAGGACUGAACGACGCAGCCCUCUUUUGGCUGGGAGCAGGAGGAGGAGGUAGCGAUUCGAAGGACGAUCUUGCCGGCGAGGCAGACUCAAAAUUGAAAUCCUCAAUGAGGAUAAAUAUCUUUAUUCUUUUUGUUUUGAGGGAUUGACUCAAAAAAAACCCCAAUCAUUUCUCUCCUCCCUGGCCUCUCUUUCCCUUCAUUGUUCCCCAUCCACCAACCUGCUCUCCUCAUGAAUAAACUUGUAAAGUAAUUCAACGGGAUGGCUCAUGGAGGUUGUGACAUAUUUCCUUCCCCCCGCCCAUGAUCACUCUGAAAUUUCGCCACACUGCAGACCAAUGGGCUUUUUUUUUUUUUUUUUUUUUUUUUUUUUUUUUUUUUUAGCCGAUCUAUGAAAUGAUUGUCGGUAGUUGGUCGCCCAGCAUAACUGAAGUGCGUUUCUAAAAAGCAACGUCUCCUAGUAAGCUGGCUUCCUGUUUUUUGAGGGGGUGUGCUUUUUCUUCAUGGGAUUUUAAGAGGACAGACGCACACAAAUGCGGUGUGAUCUCAAUGCUUCCUCAUCAUCACACCGACUGACUCUUGUCUUUUUAUCUCCGCUGCGGAGAGACACUUCACCACCCAAUCGCCAUUAAAACUUGAAAUCUACAGAAAUUGACUUGAUGAAUUAUGUAAAGUUAAAGCAGAAAAUAUCCGGAAGCCUUUUUCUACAUCAAGUGGGAAACUCCUUUCUGGAGCAUUCUGUAAAUAUAUACUAAUUAUUUUUUUUUUUUUUCCCUUGGUGGUUAUUUUUGAGAUAAUGCAGUUGUCCGGAUGCAGAGAGGUGCUUUAGAUAAUCCUUUAUUAGUUUUAUUGGAAUUUUGUAAAUAUAUUUUUUUGCUUUCUUUAUUUAAGAAAUUAUGGCUUCUUUUGCAUCGGAAACUGGAAAGAUGAGGAACAUUGCAAAUAAAGGACUUAUUAAGUUGCA